AUGGUCUACGUUGACCAAACAGGCACGUUCCGCCAGCUUAUUUCCGAAGGAUCAAAGUCUGCCAGCAGUUCACCUGUGUCGUCGCGUCCUCACAGCCGCGCCAGCUCUCGACACAGACAACAGCAAGCGGCAGAAGAUGACGGCUUCCUCAAGGAGGCUUACCAGAUUUACGGCCAUCUUUCUGAUCUGGGUCGCUUGCUAAAGGCGGUUCGGAAGCCAUACCUGUCUACGACGGAACCUCCACCACUCUCACGGCGGGGACGGACCUCGGCUGCCAACGGAGACGAAGACGAGUUGCACCGCUUUGAAGGGACCAAGUACUUAUCCGAGCGGGAGCGCGACGAGAUCGAGGUGCGGGCCAAGAUGAUCCUGCGGCGAUGUCGGGAUCGGGUCACGACGCUAGAAGUAGACGAGAAGGCACGCAAGGACAAGGUCGCGCCGCCACCACCAGCAAUCUUCAACUGGUUGCCCUCACUCGCACCACCAAAGGAAGAGGACGCUGAGCCUCUGAUCGCGGCGCACCGUGGCACCAUCAUCUGGACGUUGAACGACAUGCUGGCCAAGCUGUCGGCGACACAGACCAACAUGCAGGAAGAGCGUGCGAAGAGGAGGGACGAACGUAACCGCACGCUUGGAGGCGGGGCAACGCGUGAGGCAGCCCAGCUCCAAGUCGCUGCCGAGCGCUCGAACGGGCCCAUGCCCGUGCCCGCGGCUGCGCUCAACAUUACGCCUGCGGACGAGCCCGCGAUCGAAGAACAGCUGUCGGCCCACCAGCUGCAGCAGUUUGAGUCGGAGAACAACGCGCUUCUCGAACAUAUGGAGAGUCAAUUGUCGUCGGUCCUCGCGGCCGAGAAGAGCCUGCUCGAGAUCAGCGCCAUGCAGACUGAGCUCGUGCGCCAUCUCGUCCAGCAGACCGAGAUCAUCGACCGGCUGUACGACGAGGCUGUUGGUAGCGUCUCGGAGAUGGGCAAGGCGAACAAGCAGCUCAAGAGAGCCAAAGAGAGGAGCGGGGAGGCGCGUUUCAUGCUCCUCGUCUUCCUCAUCGGCGCUACAUUCUCGCUCCUCUUCCUCAACUGGUACUCGUAG